UGAUUUCUUUCAGAGCCCAAGAUAGAAAACCAGUGGCAUUCGAGGAUUGAAGUGGUAGUGAAAGCUGAACCAGUACCGAUGCAAGCGCAGAGCGAUGAUGAUCAUUGUACAGACACAUUGGCUGAUACUCCAGAACCCGAUUUGAAACACGAUAAAGCAAGCGAUGACGAUGAUCAACCAUUAAAACGUCCCGCCACGCCACACAUAGAGGAGACAGAUAGAUUUGUGGAGAUUCAUGUCCCUCCGUUAGAUUCUGACAAGCCUCAGGCGCCGGCGCCUAAAGCGAAAGUGGCGCCAUCUCUCGCUAUGAUGCAGAGGCAAAAACUACCAAUGGAAAAAGUACAACAAAUCAUGCGAGAAAGAGACUCCUCAUACGUGACAGAGACAAACAUACUAACUAUAGUAGAAUAUUCCUUCGUCUGUCCGUUCAAGUGUAGACAUAACCACUUACUAUGCUACUACUGCGGUGAACUAUAUUCAGAUCCCGAGCUUUUGAGGCAGCAUACCCUCAAUACACAUAAUCCAAAACGAUUCAAAGUGACCGAACAUAAGAAAAUGGUCAAAAUUGAUCUCACUCGGAUAGACUGUAGACUGUGUGGCAUUAAAAUCAAUGAUUUGGACAGUUUCAAGAAGCAUAUAUCAGAGAUACAUAAGAAAAAGUACUAUUUUAAUUAUAAAGAUUCAGUGUUGCCGUUUAAACUGAGUCGGGAUGAGAUGAAGUGUGCUAUCUGUAACGUCUUGUUUCCGUAUUUUCAUGCGUUGAAUAAACACAUGAAUGAACAUUACAGCAACUAUGUUUGUGAAACUUGCGGACUGGGUUUCGUCGACAGAGGCCGUUUCGUAAUGCACCAACAACGACACGAAGAAGGCGACUUCCCCUGCCCGGACUGUGGGAAAGCGUUUAAAGCCUUAUACAAUAGAGACCUACACAUAGACAGAGUGCAUCGUAAGAAGGGACGUGUUUACUGUCCGAAGUGUGACGUCAAACUGAUGUCUUACUACCAGAAGUUGAAGCAUUUGGUCGAGGUCCACGGAGAAGAGCCCCUCAGCUUCCCGUGUACGAUGUGUGAGCGAAUAUUCGAAACACGACGGACGCUCACCAUACAUAGACGGAAGGAACAUCUUAAAGAUUAUAGAUAUGAAUGCCAAUGCUGCGGCCAAAAGUUCUUCACUCGGUUCGCUCUAAACAAUCACAUGCCGACACACACCGGCGAGAGGAACUUCAAAUGUAAGGUCUGUGAAAAAUGUUACCCUCGUCUGAAAACCCUGAAGGAUCAUAUGCGAAUACACACAAACGACAGAAGGUACCGAUGUCACGUUUGUGGUCAGGCGUUUAUUCAGAAUUGCAGUUUGAAGGGACAUAUGAAAAGCCAGCAUCCGGAGUAUGAGAUGAGAUAGGUGUGAAGUAGCUUGUUGGAAAAGGGUGGUCGAGUAAAGAUAAGUCCGGAAACCUAGGUGGGUUAAUCUGGAAUGCUGGUUGUGUAAAUUUGGAAAGAUGGUUGGGUAAAUCUGAUAAGAUGGUUGGAUAAAUUUGGAAAGAUGGUUGGAUAAAUCUGGGAAGAUGGUUAGAUCAAACUGGAAAGCUAGUUGGGUUAAUCUGGAAAGAUGGUUGGCUUAGUCUAGAGAGCUGGUUGGGUAAAUCUGGCAACCUUGUUGGGUAAACCUGGAAAGAUGGUUGGCUUAGUCUAGAGAGCUGGUUGAGUAAAUCUGACAUCCUUGUUGGGUAAAUCUGGAAAGAUGGUAUGAUAAAUCUGGAAAGCUGGUUGUGUAAAUCUGGAAACCUUGUUGGGUCAAUCUGGAAAGAUGGUUGCCUUAAUCUAGAACGUUGGUUGGGUAAAUCUGGCAACCUUGUUGGGUAAAUCUGGAAAAAUGGUUGGCUUAAUCUAGAAAGCUGGUUUGGUAAAUCUGGAAAAUUGGUUGGCUUAGUCUAGAGAGUUAGUUAGGUAAAUCUGGAAAGAUGGUUGGCUUAAUCUAGAAAGUUAGUUGGGUAAAUCUGGAAAGAUGGUCGGCUUAGUCUAGAGAGCUGGUUGGUUAAAUCUGGCAACCUUGUUGGGUAAAUCUGGAAAAAUGGUUGGCUUAAUCUAGAAAGCUGGUUGUGUAAAUCUGGAAAGAUGGUUGGCUUAUGAUAGAGAGCUAGUUGGGUAAAUCUGGAAAGAUGAUUGGCUUAAUUUAGAAAGCUGGUUGUGUAAAUCUGGAAAGAUGUUUGGCUUAGUCUAGAGAGCUAGUUGGGUAAAUUUGCCAACCUUGUUGGGUAAAUCUGAAAAGAUAGUUGGUUUAAUCUGGAAAGCUGGUUGGGUAAAUUGUAAAUCUGGAAAGCCGGGUGGGUAACUUAAGGAAACUUGAUAUGUAAAUCCGGAAACUGUAUAUUCAUGGAAAAGAUCCAGCCAUUAUUUAAUUGGAUGAAUAGAUUUCUUUAACACACAUCAAGUUGCUGUCACAUAUUACCCAUUUAAAAGUACCUUUACACAUAAUUAGUGUACAGACAACCAAGUCAUUCAGUUUGCGAGUAAGAAAACAAAGAUUGAUUCAGUACAGAGACAGUAGGUAUUGUUAUACUAAAGUGUAUACUUUGUAACGAACCCAGCCAUCGCGAAGGAGACACCGGGCGUCGGGGAUCGCGGGACGAUCUCCGGCCACCGUAAGCGCGGGC